UUUGCAAUUAUUAACUACAUAUUUCACUUUCCUUUAAUUUUUUGGAUUUCUAAAAAUGGGAAAUGAACUAAUAUAUUUGACUUAAUCAUUAUAAAGUCAAAUACAUUUAAAUUUCAAAAAGAAGUCAAAUAUAUUUGAAUUAAUAGUUUGAAGAGAAACAGGAAACUUGUUCGUGAGAAACCUAUAUGUAUUAGAUUACACAUUCCUCAAGUCAAAGUUCGAAGGUUGAAGAGAGAGAAACAGGAAAUCUUGUUCUUCUCACACUCAAGUGACGACACAGCUUCAACUUGAUCGCUCUUUCCAUCAAUCAACCAUGCCAGACCACCUCCACUACCACUAUUUCGAUCAUUCAACCUCCACAUGGGUUCCACCUGGUUAUCGCUUUGCCCCGACUGAUGACCAGCUCAUUCUCCAUUACCUCUCCAACAAGGUCAAAGGACAGCCUUUACUUUCUGAAGCCGUCACCGACUGUGAAAUCUACGGCGAUCAAGACAAGGAGCCUUGGAAUAUUUUUGACGUGACCUCACCCAGAACGUUCUACGUCUUCACCAAGCUCAAGAUCAAGGGUAAGGGAAAAAGGAUUGAGCGAACGGCUGGUCGUGGGACUUGGAAAGGACAAAGAACCGAUCCAGUCAAGGAUUCUGACGGAAAUCAUAUAGGGUUAAAGAAGCUUUUUGUGUUUGAAGUUAAAGGGGAUGGUGCCAACAAUGUCAAUGGACAUUGGCUCAUGCACGAGUAUUCUCUUCUUACCCAAAGUGAUUAUGUCCUUUGCGCAAUCAGAAACAAAAAUGCCAAUGAAUCGACUGCUGAAGAAGUUGGACUUGAUCAUGUUGAAGGAAUUGAAGCCAUGAUGGAGGAGCCUGAACAAUGUAUUGGACAAGACCAAACUCUGAUGAGUAAGCAGGUUCAAGCCACCAACACUUGCAUAAAUAACCAACACACAAAAAGAGGCCUUGAAACUGAAGAAGACGAGACGCAACAGAAGAGGAUGAGGUUCAGCAAUUCAGUCCAAGACAAGCAAACUUGUUUCACGGGAGCAGCAACACCAGUAUCUACUUUAGCAUCAGACAAAUCAUUGGGUGAUCAGGAAGGAAUGACAGCUGAAAAACUUGAACAAGAAUGGGCACUUGAAGGCUUUGAAGACCAAAAUUUGGAUGAGCUGCUGGAGGCCACCAAUGCUCAAGAAUACCCGCAACAAGAAGAAAUGAUGAGAUUUAGCGACUACUGUGUGAUGGAAGACAUGUACAAGCAGCAUUCUUUCACUGCAGCGGCAGAACCAGCAUUGGGCAUUGAUUCAGAAUUCUCUUAUUCUAAUCCUCAACCUUAUACCUUACAUGACCAUUGCCCUCACUCUUUACCGGACAACAGCAUGGGCAACUGGUCUGAUUGAGCUCAAGGGCUAAGUGUAGCAUAUUUCAAAGAAUAGAGUGGAAGGCAAAGCCUUGCUCAAGAUUAAAUUAAUGGUGUAACUCUUCUUUGAUUAUAUAUACAUAUAUGUGGUUUGUCAUUCAUUCUCA